CUGUUAUUUGUGCUUCAGGCCCGCGGAUCCUUAAACCGGCUCUGGGCGUACUGGCUCCUAUUUUUGUUAGGGGGCAGGCCGAUUUUUAUACGAAUUUAACGAAAAUGCCCGAAUCUGGAUAAUAAUAUUAUUCGUAUUAGCAAUACUGUUUGGUAGGGUUGCGAACGAAUCACUAUGCAUUUUUGUAUGGAUUACAAAUAAUAUUGUGGGUGGAGUAAUGGAAAUAUAUGGUGAACAGGUUUCAGGCCAGCCCAUUUUCCCCGAAUUUUCCAAUACGUUUUCGUUUUUACCGAAUUUGAUUAGUUGCUCCCGCACUGGCCCGUCUCGUACGUGUAUGGCUUCCACCACCUCACCACUCAACAACAACAAAAAUGCAUUUUUGUUGUUGGUGUUGGUGGGUGGGUUGUUUGUUUGUUGUUGUUUUUUAAGGGGGGAGGGGUGUUGGGUUGGGGUAUUUUUGAUGGGUUCGUGUUUUUUCCUUUAUUUAUUAUUUUUUUUAAAGUGGGGGCGUGUUAGUUUUUGUUGGUUUUUUUUUGUUGUUUGGUUUGUUGUUGUUGUUGGGUUUUUUGUUGUUGUUUUUUUUUUUUUUUUUGGGGGGGGGGGUAAUUUUGCCCUACAGAGAUGGACAUCGAAAUUGUGGAGACUCAGUUGUUGUAGGCUUUUAGAAAGAACAUUGAGAAACGUGAUGAUCAUUGCAGACAGCCGGAGUACAUUCCCUUCGUAGAACUGGAAACGAGUCGUUAGUUACUUGUUAUAGCUUCGCUUUCCAAAACUAGCGGAACGAACGCAAGGAAAUUUGUGUAUAUUUUGUAACUUCUUAAGGUUAAUUUGUGAACUACAGGCACUUUAUUUAUCCAUUAUUCGAAGAUGGGAGGCUGGAAGCUUGAAGUUUUUAAAAUGGGUGUCUACAUGGCAUUUCCUGUCAGUCUCUUCUAUUAUUUCAACCAACCAGAGUUCUUUGAGGAGUGGAUGAUGUCAAAACGGAGUCAGUUCUUUCCUCCUAAGGAUCCAACAGUGGAUGAACAGCUGAAGGCUGUAAUAGAAGAGUUGGAGAGACGGCAGGAAGACAAGUGGAAAGCGAUGAAGAAAGCCCAGUAGUCCGAACUCUUCACCUCAUAAAGUCAAACAUUCUAACAUUUGCUCUUGAACAGAUGUGUGUGUAUUGGACAAGUGGUUGGUUGUCUCUGACUUUGUGCCGUUUUGUAAAGUCUCCAUGCCAGAAUCACGUGCUGUUCACAGUGAACCAAUGGACCGAGUCACGUUCUGAAUGACACAUCUGUGCUGAGGGCUGGUUUAAUCAGUUGUAAAUAGUGUACAUUAUGGUGUAUAAUAGUGCUGGGUGUAUGUCACGAGUGUCUGAAGUACAAUAUCUACAAGUCCUUGAUGACAUCUCUUAACUCGAUGUCUCCUUGAUUGAUCUGUUAGUUUAAUACUUGUGGGCAUUUUUAACUCGUAAUAGGCUUUACCAGAGGAAUAAAUGAAGAGAACAGUGUCAGUGAUUAGCAGUUUUAAACAGUUGAAACAUUUGUUGUUGUUAGUGUAGCAGGUUUACUACUGAAUGUUGAGAUGUGGCUGGACCCAUUGGUGGUGGUGCUCCACUGACCAGGGUUGGACAAAUCCACUAGCCCUUUGUCCUGGCUAGUGAAUGUUUGGUCUGGGCUAGUGGAAAUUAUCAACUGUAUUACUAUAAUACACAGGGCACUAGUCAAGGCUUCCGUGAGGACUGGUGACUUUCUCAAACAUUUGUCGAACACUGGCAGUGACCUGUAGCUCCUCUAACUGAUAUAUGCUCUACAUUUGUGCUUAUAUCGUGUUCUUCUUUGAUUAGUUCACUAAAACAAAAUGUUCUUGCCAAGGAUCACAUGCUAAUAGCCACAUAAUUAUGCUUUGUGUAUCAGUGUGAUGCAUGACCAUUAACUAUUUAAGCAACUUACAAGUGUUGUCACCAUUUUAACAGAAAAUAUUUAAUAUAUAUGCUGGUAGACUUUAUAGAAUAUAUAGAUAUAGAUACAGACCUGAGUUAUUUGGUUAAGAGCAACCAGAGCUGCAUUGUUCAUUGUACAUGUGCAUAUACAAUCACACUUGAGAUUCAAUCAGUAGUCACAUCCAACAGAAAGACUCCGCCAUGUGGUCAUAUUUCACUCAAAUCUGUUUGAAUGUGGUCUAGAGUGUAACUUUUAACAUUUUGCUGUCUUUAAAAUGUUCCAAUACAUGUUUUGAUUCGUUUUUUAUUGGGGUUUUCUUUCUUUUUUUUAAUAUGUAGCGGUGAUACAACUUGUGAAGGUUUAUUUUUAAACUGCAUUUACUGCCAUACAUUUUGUGAUCAGUCAGCAGUUUACACGAACCAGCCAAUGAGUGAUGUUUUGAAAACUUGAAUCCAGUUUCUAUGUUAGAAAACUGAAAGAAUUAAAAUAAAACAUCUUAAUUUUAUUUAUUUAUUAAAGUCUCAACUUUUAUAGGACAUGUAAUGAAAAUGUUUACACAUUUCCAAUAUCAUGUCAUUUUUUAAUGUAAAUACUAAUUAAAGAGCAUGUUAUUUUUAUAGUAAGUAUAUAUUUCACUGCCAGCUUUUGAACAAUGAGUACAUAAAACUGUUAUUGGUGGCCCCAUGGAGUACUCGACUAGAAGGGAAGUAACUCCCUAUUGUAAUCAAUUAUGAAAGUUAAAAUUGGCUGGACGAAUAGCUGUUAUGUCUUGUCCGUCACUACAAUUUAAUUAUGAUGUCUGCAAAGCUCAAGAGUGUUAUAACUAUUAUAUAGUUAAGCAGUCUGUAUUAGAGUAGUAUUUGUACCUAGUUGACAUUAUUUUUCAGAUGGAGGUCAUAUGGAUUUUUAAAACUUGAGAUAAAAUACUACUAGAGUCACAUUUAAUAAAACAAGCAUGUUUAGAAGCUGGAGACAUUCAUUUUCUUUUGUAAAUUUACUGACAGGUCUGUGAGGUUUUUGUUUUCAGUAUUAAUUUCCAUUACAAAUAUUGUGCACUACUUGGAUGUGAAAACUGUUUUUCAAAUGGAUAUUUUUAACAGGUACUGGUAAAAACUGAUUUUUGAGAAGGUGUAUUUCAGUAAUAUUUACAAAUCGGUAGUGACAGAUUAAACAAUGCUGCAAUUACUUCACCAUGUGGACUUAUUUGCCAUCACUUGACUAAUAAUAUUUCAUUGGUGUGUUAUAUUUAAUAAAAAAUAACUUUCCGAA